CGACAGGAAACUCUCUGGGUCGCUCUCCUCCAUUUCUUCACCAGAGUGUGUGCAUGUGCGUGAACAGACACCACAUCACCGCUCAUACAGCUCAGAGUUAUAAGAAGAAGCGGAUGAUGACAUCUUCACACCUAAACUCCGCUGGUGAAACAGUCACUUCGUGCUAAAUGUAAGCACCCUUAAAAUAUAUAUAUAAAUAUAUAACAAUUUCAUAAAGAAAUAAUAUCUAUGGCGGCUCCUGAAAUCUGACAGUAUUGGACGCUUGAAGAGAAGUUUCAACAGUUCAAGAGAAAAGAUGGGAUGUAACUGCAGUUCGGACUCUUCAGAAGGCUGGGUCGAGUACACGGAUGACAUCUGUGAGCAAUGCAACUGUCCCAUCCCUCCCCAGUUAUGCAAUCAAUACACAGAUAAGCUGAUUGUAAGCCCAUCACAGUACUCACCGCCUACGUCACCUUUACCAGACAACCUCGUGGUGGCCAUUUACAGCUAUGAACCCAACCAUGAGGGGGACCUGGGCUUUGAAAAGGGUGACAAGCUCAAGAUCCUCAACAAGGAUGACCCAGAAUGGUAUCUGGCAGAAUCUCUCACCACAGGCCAGCGGGGCUACAUCCCACACAACUUUGUUGCAAUGACCACAGUGGAGACUGAACCGUGGUUCUUUAAGAACAUUUCUAGAAACGACGCCAUGAGGCUCCUCCUCGCUCCUGGGAAUACGCAGGGCUCCUUCCUGAUUCGAGAGAGCGAGACAGCCAAAGGAUCAUACUCCUUAUCGGUCAGGGACUUGGAUCACAACACAGGUGAAGGAGUGAAGCACUACAGGAUCCGCAACAUGGACAGUGGUGGCUUCUACAUCACCGCCAAGAUCUCCUUUAACUCUCUGAAGGAGCUCGUCCAGCAUCACUCACGAGAAGCAGAUGGGUUGUGCACAAAGCUUAUGAAGCCGUGCCAGUCGAGGGCACCUCAGAAGCCCUGGUGGCAGGACGAGUGGGAGAUUCCUCGCGAGUCCCUGAAGCUGGAGCGCAGGCUGGGAGCUGGACAGUUUGGAGAAGUCUGGAUGGGUGUCUACAACAAUGACAGGAAAGUGGCGAUCAAGAACCUGAAGAUGGGAACAAUGUCAGUGGAAGCCUUCUUGGCAGAGGCCAACAUGAUGAAGAACCUGCAGCAUCCCCGCCUCGUCCGCCUCUUCGCUGUGGUUACCCAGGAGCCCAUCUACAUUGUCACAGAGUACAUGGAAAAUGGUAGCCUUGUGGAUUACCUAAAAACGACGGAGGGAAGCAGUUUGCCCAUGAACACCCUGAUAGACAUGGCAUCCCAGGUGGCUGACGGCAUGGCCUUCAUUGAGCAGAGAAAUUACAUUCAUCGAGACCUGCGAGCCGCCAAUAUUCUGGUUUCUCACGAGCUCAUCUGUAAGAUUGCUGACUUCGGACUCGCAAGACUCAUCGAGGACAACGAAUACACAGCCAGAGAGGGUGCAAAGUUCCCCAUUAAAUGGACCGCCCCAGAAGCUAUUAACUAUGGCACCUUCUCCAUAAAAUCUGAUGUGUGGUCAUUUGGGAUCCUCCUCACAGAAAUAGUGACAUAUGGACGCAUUCCUUACCCCGGGAUGUCCAACCCAGAGGUGAUCCAGAACCUGGAGCGGGGCUACAGAAUGCCACAGCCGGAAAACUGCCCCGAUGGGCUUUACGGCGUCAUGUGUCUGUGCUGGAACGAGGGCCCAGAAAACAGACCCACUUUCGAGUACCUGAGGAGUGUUCUGGAGGAUUUCUUCACUGCCACAGAGAGGCAGUACCAGGAAUAACUGCGGUGGAGCAGAGAGACAUAGAGACAGACAAUAAAUAUAUUCAAACUAAAGGUCCAGCCUGUCAAAGUGGAUGCUGGAAUUUGUUUUAUUCUUUGAGGAAUGCAUGCCUUUCUCCUGAUAAGGUACAAACUAAGAUUUUCCAAGUAAGACUACUUUGUUUCUGCAUCAGAUUUUUUUGCUCAAGUGGCUUUUCAGAUACGAUACGAUCGCCUGUGGAAUGAAUGAACCAGAAACAGCUGGAUUGCAGCCAACAGCAGAAAGGAGAGUGAUCACCGAGCUGCUUGAAUAAACUGGGGACUGUCUGAUGUGGCUGGAUAAGCAGCCAUUCUCCUGGUGCUCGUUAUUAACAUGUAAAUACUGUCAACUGCUUCCGCUGUGUUUUACCUCUGCAGUCUAAAAAUGUGUUUAAACUGUUUUUCUUAAAGUAAAAAAAGCUCCGUAUUGA